UUAGUAUCGGUCCUUAAUCUCAUUCCAAUAAAAAGCUUACGCAUAAAUUGACGCGUUAUCAUUAGGGUUUCGAAAUUCAAAAUAGUUUUUUUUUCUAACGCUCUGUGAGGCAUAGGUGUUAAAUUAUGUCGGACACGUGCUGUUUAUGGUUAUUUUUAUGGUUCGAAUAUGACAUUAAUUUUGUGAGUUUUUAUGAAAAGGCUCGUCCUUAUUGAGCAAUCAUUAAGUCUUGAUCGUUCGGACUGUGUGGUCGUGUUUAUUUAUUUUUAAUUUUUUAGUUUAUCGUUAUGAACUGACAUUUAUGUGAGAACUUUAUAGUUAAAGGAAUAAUAGCGCUGUCAAAAUGUUUUUAAGAUUCGAGCCGACAAAAUCGACAAAAGGCGCCAGCAAAAUGCGCCGAGAUCUGAUCAACGCAGAAAUCUCAAACCUCCGGGACUUACUGCCACUACCUCCAUCCACGCGGCAGAGACUCUCCCAACUUCAGCUCAUGGCCCUAGUAUGUGUGUACGUGAGAAAAAUGAAUUAUUUUCAACAAGUGUUUAAGAGUCACGACUUCAGCUAUCAGUAUCAGGAGCAACCUACUCCCACACCUAAUAUCGGAUUUUCGAAGGCUAUGAACGGUUUUAUGAUGAUGAUGACGCAGAAUGGUAAACUGCUCUACAUAUCGGAAAAUGCGGCUGAAUACUUGGGGCACUCAAUGGAAGAUUUAUUAAUACACGGUGAUAGCGUUUACGAUAUAAUAGAUAGACAGGACCACCAAAUGGUUCAAAUAGAACUGAAUAGAGGGAGUAACGGAGAGACUGAAAAUAUACCAAAGAACAGGCAUUUCUUUUGUAGGAUGAACGUAUCUAGGAACGCCAGGCGACAAAUGAGAUUUGGUGACCAAAAAGUAGUUUUAGUCCGAGGACACUACGUGUCAUAUCUCCCGCUAUGCAGCCGCAACGAGCCCGUGUUCCUGGCGUCGUGCACGCCGCUGGCCAUGCCCGAGACGCGCGAGUGCGUGGUGUACGGCGCCACCAACGUCUUCACCACCGUGCAUGCCAUGGACAUGAAGAUAUUGCACAUUGACACCAAUGGUGAAUGGUAUUUAGGUUGGAAGAAAUCAGAAUUAGUGGACGUCUCGUGGUACCAAAUACUACACUGGGACAGUUUACGAGAAGCUCAGGCCAAACAUAAAUUAAUAACACAAUCAGAGCAAGACAAAUGCUGCAUUCUUUUAGUAAAACUUCAGCAGAGAUCCGGCCUAUUUCUAUGGAUACAUAUGGUGUUGCAGGUCAAAGAGGCCACCGACACACCUAGACAAUUUAUUGUAGCUACCAAUCAAGUAUUAAGUGAAGAAGAAGCAUCCAUCAUGGUGGCCAAUUCAUGGCUGUAUCAAUACUAUGGCUAUCAAAACCAACCUUGUGGUAUUUUGGACCCGCGCUGCCAAAAAUUCUUCCGACGAGAACCGAACUACCAAGAGCCUUACCAAGAAUACUAUGUAGAAAACAAUGACAUGGAAUAUUCGGGAUAUGUCUCAUAUAUACAGAAGCCAGAGGAAUAUGUUUGCGAAAGAAUGUAUACAGAACGAGGGCCUGUUGAUUAUUCUACGCAUUCACCGCAAUCGACUAUCAGUGAAGAAAGAUCGCCAAAUCACUACGACAUGUCGCCUGAAGCUAUCAACAACAUGUACCAAUAUGCAUACCCGGGGAAAAGAGAAUAUUAUGAACAAUAUCCAACCGUCAACUACGCCCAAGAACCCUGCACCAGUACUUGUAUGGAUGGUACGGAGUAUCCCUCGCCAAAACGCAUGCGUCUAUCAACCAACAGUGGGUCCAUAGAAGGUACAGAUUGCAUGGACAGAUGGAACCCCAGUCCACCCUGGUCGGAUAACCUCAAAAUGACGGACUACACCCAAAGAUUUACCUAUAACAUGCUCCCUAUGCCAACUGAGAGAGCAAUGGUCACUUAAUAUUGUGUAUGUAAUCAUCUAUAAUAAAUAAAUACCUUUUUAUUACAUUGAAUUCAAUUAAUUCAUAUCGUAUUGUGUCGAAGAGCGCUAAUGGUAUUCAUAUUAGAUUUUGUUCUAGUAAACGUGUUUUUUAUUAUUACGGUCAAACUUUUCAGCAUAAAUUUCCAGUUUUGUAUGAAUACGUGUAUAACAAUGGUUGUAUUUUUAUGUACAAAAUUUCAUCAAGAAUCAAACAACGCGUGCAAUAAAUAUUGUUCAUUUAAUUUUAUGACUUCUUAUAGAUAUUAAUGUAUCGUAUAUUUAUAUCGUGUUGACGAUAUCUUUCUAAAUAUAUAGAUAUUAUGGAAGCUCAAUUGUAAUUUGAGAAUUUGUCAGUAUUUUUUAUUAAAUAUUUAAGUAAUUUUAUAUAAAUAUAAUUUAUUAAACGGUUCCGUCCAAAUAAAAAUUCAUUCCAAAGGAAUAGUAAGUAAUAUACCGUCCUAAGUAGAUCUAAGCGAAUAAUUGUUGUACAUAUUUUUAUUACUAUAUUGUG